GGCGUUAGAUUGGCGAGGCCUGGCUCUCGUUAAAGAGGAGGAAGGCGCUGCGCUCAAACUACGGAAGCCCAGCGGCGCGGCUUUGGCUUUUGGUUUUGGCGGCGGCCUGGCGGGCUGUGGAGCUUUGUAACAUGGGUCGCCGGUCAUCAGACACUGAGGAAGAAAACAGAAGCAGAAGAAAAAAGAAACACCGUAGGAGGUCAUCAUCAAGUAGUUCUUCUGACAGUAGAUCCUACAGCCGUAAGAAAUCAGGAAGGAAAUCAAGAUCACGGUCUCGUGAUCUCCAGUUUCGUUCACAUUCAUAUGAAAAGAGGCACAGACAUCGAUCUAGCAGCAGCUCAUCAUAUGGAUCCAAGAGAAAACGGAGCCGUAGCAGAUCAAGAGGGCAAGGAAAAUCAUAUCGGUCUCAGAGAUCAAGAUCAAAGAGCAGAACAAGAAGAUCUCAUUCCAGACCCCAGCAACGUUCUUAUAGCCGAAGUAGUGAAAGGACCAGUCACAGAAGAAGUCGUAGCAAGUCUCGUGACAAAGAGAGACGUAAAGGCAGAGAUAAAGAGAAGGCAAAAGAGAAAGAACGGGCCAGAGGAAAAGAGAAAGAUCAACAUUACACGAAAACUGGGGAUGCUGGAAACAUCAAAGCUGGAUUAGAACAUCUGUCUGCUGCAGAACAGGCCAAAGCUAGAUUGCAGUUGGUUCUUGAAGCUGCUGCUAAAGCUGAUGAAGCAUUAAAAGCUAAAGAGAGAAGUGAACAAGAAGCAAAGAAGAAAAAGGAAGAAGAGCAAACCACACUUGUGGAACAAGUGAAACGAGUGAAAGAAAUUGAAGCAAUUGAAAGUGACUCCUUUGUUCCACAGACAUUCAGAUCAAGCAAAGAAGCCAAAAAGGCAGCGGAACUUGUUGAAAUCAAGUCUGAACCUGUAACAAUAGAAGUGGACAAUGUUGAUUUAACUACUUCUGAAAAAGAAACACUGACUGGAAAUAUUCCUACAGCUAUCAAAUAUCAAGAUGAAAACUCACUGGCUCACCCCAACUUGUUUGUGGACAAAGCAGAAGCAGACGAAAGAUGGUUCCAGAGGCUGAUGGCUCUUCGACAAGAGAGGCUAAUGGGUAGUCCUGUGGCCUGAGUAAUUAAAUGGGCUGCAGAAUUUCCCUGUCUUCUGUGCUAUAAUAUUCUCAUGGUAAAAUCUGAUGAAUGUCCAAGUAAAUACAGCAGAAUUUUAGCUGAUUUCUGUGUGAGACCAACUUUGUUUUAAUUCAACAGUGUGAUAGGAUAAUCGUUCAUUAUUUGCCCCGUUCUUUCUUCAGAAAUAGAAUGAUGGUGUGCAUGGCACCUUGAAGGAAAUGUUAAGGAACUGUCCUGAGGGCAUCAAAAGGAUCUUGGCAUUAAUCUGUGAUGAAGUUCAGUUUUAUGAGAAAGUACUUGUUGAGUUUUGCUUUCUCCACUCAUUUCCCUAGGAUUGCCCUAAGGACACUAUGUCUUUACAUUUCUUUACAACCCAGAUCUGAAAGUUAAUAAGAAUGAAACAUCUCUCAUUAUAAAAUGUAUACCUUUCUCCCAAGAGGAAAAAGCAAGUCUGAUUUAUUCCUGUUCUUUGGCAUAGUCAUUAUUAUUAUUUUAUCAUAUGGCUUGCUAUCUGUACAAUAAAUUAGAAUGACUACAUAAAACAGGGAAAUAGAAAGGAAUGUAAAACUAAUCAUUUUCGGUGUCUCCUAUUACUGUGUGACACAAGUGUGUUCAUUUUUAACAUAUUUCCAGUUUGUACAUACAUUUAUGCUACAGUAAUAUUGAAAAGCGCUCUCCUGUAAAAAUGUGAUAAAUCACUAGAAGAUUAUGGUAUUUUAUUAAUUUGUGUUCAACUGAAUCAGCUAGGAAACACUGUCUGCAAUGUCAAGGCAUGGAAUUCCUUAAUGGGAGUGAGACUCUGAGAGUUGCUUAGGAAUAUGCUCAGCAUGCCUAAACUAAGUGAAAAUAAAAAUAUGGAAAAAACCUCCCCUAAA